ACUAUAUCGUAAACACGUGAAUGUCAACGCCUCGACUUCAAAUCGGCAGAAAAAUGUAUACAAAGUGAUAGAGCGUCCGCAAAUAAAUUGAAAUUCCGUGGAAAGUGCAAUAAUAUGGUGAACCUAGAUCUGCGCCAGACCUCGGCGCUGCACAGUCUGGUCUGUCAGUCCAUAUUAGUAUUAAUUUGUUUGAUCUGCUUUGGCUACGGCGGUUUAAGCGGCGCCAAGUUUGUCUUCGAUGACACGGUGGCCAUUGUGAAGAACAAAAAUGUUUAUACGCUGCCCACCAACUGGACAGCAAUAUUUAGUCACGACUUCUGGGGUGCUCCGCUUCUAAGUGCCGAUUCCCAUAAGUCCUUUCGUCCACUGACAACGCUAAUGUUUCACUAUGAAUACGCUCUGCUGGGAUUAGGCGCCUCUCACAUGAAGUUCCUCAAUCUGUUGCUACACUGCGUCAACACAUUGCUGAUGUGGCGUUUGGUGCGCUCGCUGUACGUCGAGGACAUUGACAUUGAACGCUGGGCCACCAUUUCCGCAGCACUCUUUGCCGCCCAUCCAAUUCAUGUUGAAGCCGUUUCCGGCGUCGUCGGACGUGCGGAGCUCAUGUUCGGCCUCAUCCAUUUGCUUUGUCUACUGCUGACGGUGGCCAGCGUAGAUAAACGUGGCGGCAGCACCAUCAUCUCCAUACUGCUCCUCACUGCCAUUGGAAUGCUGUUUAAGGAGUCCGCAGUAACAAUUCCUUUGUCCUGUGCCGCACUGGAUUACUUUCAAAAUGGGACCUAUAUGCUGCCUCUGAAACUGCAGCAACGCAUCAUCACCACACGCCUACGUUACCUCGUCUAUUUAUUUGGAACUGGGCUACUAAUCGUGCUGCGUCUCUGGUGGCAGAACUUUGAGGCACCCGAAUUUAAAGCCGUGGACAAUCCCAUUGCGCAUAGUGAGCAGCUGUUGACGCGCGGCUUAUCGCAGCAGUAUCUGUAUGUGAUGAAUUUCUGGCUAAUGCUAUGCCCGCAAUGGUUGUGUUUCGAUUGGGCACUCGGCUGUAUCCAACUAGUCACGAGCAUUUGGGAUAUGCGACUGCAGGCUGUGAUUGCAUUCUACAGCUUCAUAUUCGUCUCACUGAUGAACUUUCGCCGGCUUGCGGGCUUGAUGAUUGGCUUGGCCUUGAUGGUCAUACCCUUUCUUCCCGCCUCGGGCAUCAUUCGUGUGGGAUUCGUGAUUGCGGAGCGCACACUCUACGUGCCCUCCAUGGGCUUCUGCUUGCUGUUCGUCUAUGGCUUCUUGUACUGCUACAACUACAUGGCAGAUCAAGCACAUUGGCGGCAUCUGCUCCAAGCACUCCUCAUGCUGCUCUUUGCUGUACUGAUGCUGCGCACCCGGCAGCGUGCUGCCGACUGGCUUAACGAGGAACAACUCUUCAGUUCAGCUCUACAAGUGUGUCCCAACAAUGCCAAAGUGCACUACAACAUCGCUCGGCUGGCGACCGAUAUGGGCAACAGUUCGAGAGCUUUUCAGCACUAUCACCGAGCCAUCGAGCUCUAUCCGGAGUACGAAUCGGCGCUUAUGAAUCUGGGAAACCUGUAUCGUGAGCAUGGACAACUGCAGACUGCCGAGAAGUUUAUACGUGCUGCACUCGCAGCGUAUCCUGCGUUUCCCGUCGCCUGGAUGAAUCUGGGCAUUGUGCAGUCGGCCCAGAAGAAGUACACCGAAGCGUUGGACAGCUAUAAACAGGCGCUGAAGUAUCGCACGGAUUAUGCAGUCUGCUAUUAUAAUAUGGGCAAUUUGUAUUUGGAGCAGCAGCGUUAUGCGGAGGCACUGCAUCAUUGGCAGCAUGCUGUAGCCGUGAAUCCCCGUCAACCCAAGGCAUGGGCCAAUAUUCUAACGAUGUUAGACAAUCGCUCAAUGUACGAGGAUGCACUGCGUCUUUCUGAGCAGGGACUGAUGCAGUUGCCGCAUGAGCCCAGCAUCAUGUUCAUACGAGCCAAUGUGUUGGGCAAACUGAAGCAUUACGUCGAAGCGGAGUCACUGUAUAAACAGGUUAUUGAGCUCGAUCCACACAAUAUGCUAUAUCACACGAAUCUAGGUGUGCUCUACCAUCGCUGGGACAAAGUUCAAGAGGCGAUCGAUUCAUAUAGAACUGCUAUCAGUAUUAAUGCCGUACGAUCGACGACUGCGAGGGACAAUCUGGGUAAGCUGUUGAAGCGUAUGGAGCGCGAAGCUAUCAAUGAACAGUAAAGCAAAUUUAGAGAUACUGCAUCUACUAUAAAUAUAUAAAUCAUUUAUAGUAUCUGGUCAUUAGCGUAAGCAACUUUUAGCUAAAAAUACAUCAUAGGUUAGUUCAACUUAUUAUAGAAAUUUAACUCCCCUCAAACUGCUGUCCAAUGUCCCAAUUAGCACAUAAAUCUUUCACACUAUCUCUACAAAAGAAUUUACUAUUAUUUCCCACCUACAAUGUCCUAUAAAUAACCUGCGAAUCCAAUCCUAAUUAACACAAAACUUUUGCUAUAACUAAGCAACAUUGAACGAAGAAUAUAUCAUAGGUUAGUCUAACUUAUUAAUAUCUUUUAAAUGAGUCUCCAAACUGAAGCAAUAUAAAGAUUUCCGCCAACAAUUUCCAUUAAAAAAACCUCUAAAACAAUUCCUAAUUAACAAUAAUCGUUCGGUCUAGUAAACCAGUUUUUACUAUAAUAUAUCGUAGGUUAGUUUAACUUAUUAUUGACUUCUAAUUGACUAUAAUUUCCCACCUACAACUUCCAAUACAAACCUGUAACACCAUUCCUAAUUAACACCGAUCUGUUUUGAUCGACGAAAUUCAUAGUUGUGAAUAACUUUUAAACAAUUACAUAUGCAUCACACAUUUUAGCAGUUAAGUCAAAGCAAUAUAUAUUUUAUAUUUAUUUAUUUAUUCAAGGGUAUGUACAAUUAAGAUUAGAACUAAAUAAUGAUCGAUCCAACUAGGCGAGAAGAACAUAAGUUAAUUAAUCUAAGACAUAAAAACUACUCACAAAAUACAAAUACUUUCGAGAGCAGCGAACCAAUGCUGGCACCGAAUCGAAAUCGAAUCAAUUCCAUUACAGUAUUCGCAUUACUACAAAAUAAUAAUACCGAGAAUUACAUAAACUAUUUAUA